AUGGAGCUGGAUUCUUCAUUUAUUUUUCUUACCAUUUCCUUCAUCUUUUUCAUUCUUAACUUAUGGAAGAUUUUCAGAACCAAGAAAUCUGAAACUUCCCAGCUUCCUCCAGGGCCAUGGAAACUACCUCUUAUUGGAAACUUGCAUCAACUAGCUGGCCGUAUACCUCACCGUGCCCUGAGAGACUUGGCCAGUAAAUAUGGUCCAAUUAUGCAUCUUCAAGUCGGUGAAGUUUCCACCAUUGUUGUUUCCUCCCCGGAAACCGCGAAGGAAGUGAUGCAAACUCACGACAUCAACUUCGCGACAAGGCCUCCUAUUAUGGUAACAAAGAUAAUGGCGUACGAUUCAACCAGCAUAUCUUUCUCUCCUUACGGAGACUAUUGGAGGAAACUGCGGAAAAUGUGCACUUCAGAGCUCUUAAGUCAUAGUAGGGUUCAAUCAUUUCGAACCCUGAGGGUGGAAGAAACUUCCAACAUAGUCAAAUGCAUUGCCAGUCAUGAAGGAUCCGUCAUAAAUGUCACUGAGAAGUUACAUUCGUGCAUUUACGCGACAUCUUCCAGGGCGAUUCUUGGCGACAAGUGCCCGCAACAAGAGACACUGAUUCGGACAAUCCUGGAAUUUGUUAGAUUGGCAUCAGGGUUCAACAUUGGGGAUGCAUACCCUUCCAUCAAGUUCCUUCAUGUGGUCAGUGGGAUGAAGUCUAAAUUGAUGAAACAUUUUAAGGUAACAGACAGCAUUCUCAACACCAUCAUCAAAGAUCACAGGACAGGAAUUUCUGCAAAGAAUAAUAACGGUUCUGAUAAUAAUCCUCAAGCCCACAAAGAUUUUGUGGAUGUUAUGUUGCAGUUUCACGAGGAUGAAAACCAUGAGUUUUCCAUGACUAAUGACAACAUCAAAUCGGUGCUUCUGGAUGUUUUCAUAGCUGGAGGCGGGACAUCGGCUAAGACUGUUAAUUGGGCAAUGUCAGAAAUGAUGAAGAAUCCAAGAAUCAUGGAAAAGGCACAAGAAGAAGUGAGACAAGUUUUCAAGGAUAAAGGAAAGUCGUCAGAAAUCCUCCUCCGGUUUAAAUGA